AUGGGUUGUUGCUCAAUAUCUCCUACAAAUGAUGGGUUUAGAGUUGAACUCACCGAAGGCUUCAAGCAAAUCAUUAAUCAGAAAUCAGAUCAUGAUGAUAAGAUUUUUAGGAAGUAUAAUGAGUUUAUAGAAUAAGAAAAUAGGAAGCCAUAAUUGAUUUCAGUUUUGGGACGAGGGAGAAGCGUUUCUCAGAUGAAUGGGACAAACAUAUUGUAGUAAUAGAAUAGAAUCAAUACACAUGAGAAUAUUAAAUAUUGGUAUCCUCGUCCUUCUGUUUAGAGUAGGACAUCUUUGUCUCCUUUAAGUAGAUCAAGCUAUAUAAAGAAUGAAAACAUGCCAAUUUAAUAAAGUUAAAAAAUGACUUCUUCUUAUAUAAAUUAAGGAGACAAUAGGUUUAAUAGAAGUUAUUCUGUAAUUAGCUCUCAAAGAAGCAGUUAGGGAGCUAUUUAUACUUAGGUAUCGCCUCUUAAAGUAUCUCCAAUUAAGAGCAAUCCAUCUCAAAAUAAGCAAUCAAUUUUAGUCGUCAAUGAUUUGAGUUGCUAAACUAAUUAAAAUCAUAGUUUUCAAGCUAUUGCUAAUAAUCCUAGCAAUCAAACCAACAUAUGGAAUUAAAUUUCUUAAGAAAUUAAUCAAUUUACAAGUAAAAAGAAUAGGCAAAAAGUUAAAAUAACACUACAAAGUGAUAAAUGCUAAGAUUUUUCAUAAACAGAAUAAAUUUUAAGCUAGCUCACACCCUAGUUGGCUAACCAAGGUAUUAUUGUAAGCUAGCAAAAUAUAUAGUUUGUUUAAAAUAACAAUGGAAACAAACAACUCGAAGUGGAAUUACAGAUCAGCUAAAAUUAAAACAAAACUGAUUUAGAAGAAAAUAUCAACUAAGAAAAUGAAGUUGUUAAUCAAGUUUAAGAAUUCACCUUACAAUAAGAAUCAUUAAAUACUUCUAAAGUAUCAAGCACAAAAUUAUAAAAGGGAAAUCAAUAAGCAUAAGAAAGCGAAAAAGAUAUAAAUAAUGAUAAGGAAUUUAAUUAAUAUUCAAAAGGCUCUGCGGAUUCUGUUGCAAGUAAUUACCAGUAUAAAAAAACAAGCAGCAGUAGGAUUAGCACAAACAAUAAUAGCAGGAUUGAUUUGGGAAACAAUUCUAAUCACGUCUCUGCAAGCACAUAAAAUUUAAAUUUAAAAAAUAGUUUACAAACAAAUACAUCUUUGUACAGCUAAAUAUCAUCACAGUAAUAAUAACAGCUAAAAUAAGAUAAGCAAUAAUAACCUUAAGAAAUUGAAAAUGACUUAAAAGACGAUGGAUAAAUUGACGAUCUUAAAGCCCUUUAAACUAGCAAUUAAUCAAUCUAAUAAUUUAAAGAAAAGCAUGAAAUUUUAAUGAAUAAUUUACAACAAUUAAAAAAAUCAGCAAAUGAAAGUCUGAAUAAAAGUAAACUCAGUCACCUCAAACCUGAUUUUUGUAACCAAAGUAGUAAGUUAAGUAGAAGCAAUUUGUAUGAUGAAGACUCUUAAAUGAAGUCAUAAAUUAUAGAGAAUAGCUUCUCAUAAGCUAUGAACUCAAACGGUGAAAGCAAAUCUCAUCAAACUUUUGCAGAAAGUAUCAAGAAAUGCCAAGAAAUUAAAAAAUAUCUCUAAAAUAAAAUAAUCACAGAGCAAAUGAAUAAAAAAUUAGAGAUCUAAGACGAAUCACUAAAAAACAGUAGAGCUUCUUUCAAAGAGUAAAAAACUAAAAAAACAAACUAAAUUUUGCAAGAGAUAUCUGACAUGAUUUAAAAUUCAUCCUCAAUUUAUUCUUCUCAAAGUAAUUUUACUAAGUUUCAUGCAAACAGUAGUCAAAAGAAAUAAAAUUUACAAAAUAAUGAAAAUGACGCUUCAAAUAGCAGCUUCAAUAGCAGUUAACAAAGCUUUUCAAAUAAAGAUAGUACUAAAAUAAGCCAAUUAUUAACUAAACUUGAUAAAUUAAACGAAUCUUAUAAAAGACUCAACUUCUAAAUAGAAAGCGAAAUAUAAAAUUCUAAAAGCUCUUCUCUAUCUUCUUUAGAGUAAGAUCUUAAAAAUUGA